UCAAUUCAAUCAUUCUGAUCUCAGCCACAGCGCUCCAUCGUCGUGCCUUUUAAAAGUUAUUUUUUCGCAAAAUGAAGUUUGUUCUACUUCUAUUUGCUACCAUUUUUGUAGUAGCAACAUGUGAUCAUUUAAUAUUAGGGAAUACAAAUAAUAAUCAGAACAUGAUAUAUCAUACUACAGCACACUAUACUGCAAUUCCGUUUAUCAAGAGAGUGAAGAACAUUUUCUAUAGUGGGAAUUCUAUUAUAAAUAGUAUUAUGGCGUACGACAACAAACACACGAACGCAUCAGCGGCGGUGACUGCAGGUGGAAUUGGGUAUACGUACGUCAACCUUAGACUGAAGAGUGAAAGAGGAAAGGAACUGGAUUAUGAUAUUGGAAUUUAUGCCUAAAAAUGUUAAGCUGGAUUACUCGGUGUUGGUUUAGUCGUAUUGAUAUUCAUACAUAAUAAUAUGUUGAUAUUAAUGAGGUUGAUACUUAAUAGGGAUGUUGAGUACACCAGUUAAGUGAGGGUUUGUUUCCGCCACUAGAGGCGCUGGUGUAGUUUUUGGUCUAUUGCCCAAUAAAAUAUUUCAUAAUAUGAAGUCAUUGGUUAGUUUAAUUGUGACAACUAAGCUAAAAAUAGCGCCAUCUCAAAAUGAUAAAAUCGUAAAUCCUCAUUUCAAAUCUUGUCAAAGAAUAUAAUUUUCUCUUUAACACUACAUAGCGUUCAUGUUUCUUUGAAAUGAUCUAAAUGUGAAUCUUAAAACAAUUGUAUAAUGAACAUAUUUUUUCACAUCAUAUUUUUGCUGCAAAAACAAAUAUUUUAAAGAUUGGUUUAAAAAUAUUCUCAAAGAUUGAGUGAUGUAUCAUGUCUCAUCCCUAUUGUGUGUCACGAUUGUCUUAAUGUUUGUUAUGUUUUAAGUUUUUUUAAUUGAUAAUGUACUUUAUUGUUUUCAAUCGAAGUCUGACUUUGGUCAUUUUUAUGCUUCUGCAGUAACCUAUAUUUGUGUUUAUUUAUAUCGUUGGAUCAUUAUAUAUAAUUUGUUAUAAAUGA